AUGGUCGCAAACUACUCCGGUUCUGGAUCGCAGGAGACGGCCCUUCACACAGGGGUUAUUCUCACCACCACGAAGACCAAGGCAGGCACCUACCACGUCCAGCAGAACAAGCAGAACUCCUACCUGGACUUCUUCGGCAGGCCUCUAGGCAAUGACUGGGCCAACUUCACCACAACCGUCGGAGUCAUCAAGGUCAGCGGGGUGAUCAACAGAUUCAGCCUCGAUACCAUUAUCGGAGUAAACAUUGGGGGAAUCAGUAUUGGAUCGUUCAAUGGAAACCCACAGACCUUGAUGACCAUCAACAUUGAUCUGGAUUGUGCGGCUGGCUCGCUCCAGCUGACCGCACUGGGGGAUGAUGUUUGGCUCAACGUGGAUAUGGACGUCUUUCAGAUCGAUAACGAGAACCGUGCUCAGCAAGUGAAGUUGUCUGAUUCAGUGUGUGUCAAGAGCUUGCCACAAGAGAUGUGUGAGCCAUGGAUACCUACUCGGUAG